AUGUCCUCUGCUCAUGAUGCCACCACCAAGAUCUCCAUUGACAAGUUCGACGGCGACAACUACGCGACGUGGAGCCGCUACAUGCGUGGCGUGUUCCUGACCAAGUCGGCGUGGCACGUGGUGAACCGGGAGACCACCCCCACCUUCGCCGAUCCUCGCGCCAGUGACGACUACGUCAAGACGAACAACAUUGCGUUCGGCUUGAUGCUGCUGCACAUGAGCGCAGAAUAUCAUCACGUGGUUGAUGACUGUGAAGAGGCGUGGGUCGCGUGGGCGCGUUUGAAGACGCUGUACGGCGGGUCACAGAAGGCUGGACGCAUCUACUUGAAGCGCCAGCUUCCUCAACAUCAGCGCGAAGCUCAGCAGCAUCGGCGCCAAGUGGAGGACGAGGACGUGGCGAUCUGCUUGUUGCGCAGCCUCCCCAAGAGCUACGAAAACGUCGUUCUCAACUUGGAGAUGAGCAGCGCGGAACUGCGAUCUCGAGACGUCGUGACAGUGCUCACGAAUGAGCACAUCAAGAGGCAAGGUGACAAGACGACAUCGGUGAAGACUGAAGACGCGGCGAAGGCGUUCAGUACCGAGCGUGAACCUCGCCAGUGUACAUACUGCGGAAAAUUGGGGCACACGGCGGAGCGGUGCUGGACCAAGCAGAAGGACGAAAAUCAAGGUGGAGCUCGACGCGGCGGCAACAAUGCUCGUGGACGCGGAGCCAACAACGUUCAGUGGCGAACCAACAGCAACUACGACGACAACUACGAUCGAGUUGCGUUCGCGAUUUCGCUGGAGGCUGGACUUUCGGCGGGCAAGAAUAUGCCAGGGAUGUGGGCAGUCGACAGCGGUGCGACGCAUCACAUCUGCAACGACAAAGCCAAGUUUGCAAGCCUGAAUGAGCGAGAGGAAGGCGAGCUAUCAGUGGCUGAUGGCAGCAAGGCUGCGAUCAAGGGUGUGGGAACCAUCAUGGAACGGGUGGUUCUGCCCAAUGGUGACGAACGCGACAUCGAGAUCAAGGACGCACUGUUCGUACCAAGUAUGAGCAAGAAUCUGCUUUCGGUGCCACAGAUCAACAAGGGUGGCAGGUUCCAAGUCGUGUUCGAUGGAUCCAAGAUGCAAGUGAAGCGCAAAAAUUCCACACAAGUCGUGGCAACAGCGGAUCUCGUCGAUGAACUUUACUGGCUGCGGACUCCUCAACGAUCGGCAAAUGCAGCAACACGCAAUGGGACCAUCGACUUGCAUGCGCGCAUGGGUCAAGCACCCCUCGAAGUUCUGCACAAGAUGGUGACCACCGGCAUGAUCAAGGACGCCAAAGCACCUCUCAACUCGACUGGUCCAAGUGUGUGUCGCGGUUGCCAGCAAGGAAAGAUGGUCCAAAAACCAUUCCCAACCAACCGUGACAAACGCCAAUAUGCUAGCGGUUGCAUGAAGGGCUUCUGUCUGCGGUCCAAGUAUGAGAGUAAAGUCUGUAUCAAGAACCACAUCAUCAAGAUUCAAACUCAGUUCGGCACGAAGAUCAAGUUUGUUCGGCACGAUGGAGCGCAUGAGUUUGCGACCAACUCCAUCAAGACCUUCUACGAAGACCAUGGUAUCAAACAACAGAUCACGGUGCCGUAUGCACACCAGACCAACGGCACCGCAGAACGCGCGAUAAGGACCAUCGUCACGAUCGGACGCAGCUUGUUGCAUCAUGCAAAACUGGAGAAGUGUUUCUGGGCUGAAGCGGCAAUGACGGCGAUCUACAUCAAGAACCGCCUGCCUUCACCCAAGAUCGACCACAAGAAUCCGUUCGAAAUCGUGUACAAGUCGAAACCAAGUGUCAAGCACAUGCGCGUGUUUGGAUGUCGGGCGUUUAUCCUGACACCAAGGGAGAAGCGAUUGAAGUGGGACCCGAAGGCUCGUGAAGGGAUGUUCAUGGGCUACGAAGAAGCGUCAAAAGCUUAUCGAGUGUACGACAUUGAGGCGGACCAAGUGGUGAUCAGUCGUGACAUCACCUUCGACGAAUCGACUUUUGACUUUUUGAUGGACCGACCAAGUGACGAUGAUGAAGAUGCGGAGUUGGACCUCGACCUUCUUGCGAUCAACGAGGACGACGUGCGUCAAACCGUCUGCAAGCAGACUGGCAAGCGCAAGAGUGAAGCAAGACCCGGCAUGUCACGUUCAGCUCGCCCUCGAACUAGGUUGGAACAAGCAAGUGCGCCGGCACACGUCUCCAACCGUCACCAGAAACGACGAUCAAGUGCUCCAGAAACGAUGUCUGAUGACGAAGAAGAUGCAAGCGUCUACGAUCAAGACGACGACUCGACGCCUCCAACAUUUUGGCGUGCAGGUGCAAACGCAGUGGAAGCAACGGACCUAGCAGAACCUGUGACUUUUCAAGACGCGAUCAAUGGUCCUGAUCAAGCUCACUGGCGAAAUGCUGUGAAGGCGGAACUCAAGUCGAUGCAUCUUCGUGGAGUUUUCCGUGCGGCAAAACUGCCAAGAGGCCAAGGCGCGAUCGGCACCACGUGGGUGUUCAAGAUCGAGCGCAAAGCGGAUGGAUCGGUCGAGAAAUACAAGGCGCGUCUCGUUGCCAAGGGCUUCAAGCAGAAGUACGGCAUCGACUACACAGAGACGUUCUCGCCCGUGGUCAAGUACGUGACACUGCGCAUGGUGAUCGCGAUCACCAAGUAUUUCGACUGGCCACUGGACCAACUCGAUGUGGUGACAGUCUUUCUCUACGGAGUGAUGAAGGAGAAGGUGUACUGCGUGAUACCAGAAGGCGUCGAGAUGGAUGGCGACUUCGACUGUCUCGAGUUGGUGAAGGCGAUCUACGGUCUCAAGCAAGCUUCACGUGUGUGGAACGAGACUUUCGACGAGUUCGUAUGCUCUAUCGGUUUCAAAGUGUCGGCGUUCGACCCAUGUCUCUGCAUCAAAGUUGUCGACGGUCACUGUGUGCUCGUGCUGGUAUACGUGGAUGACGUAUUGGUCACCGGUAGCUCGCUCGAGUUGAUUGCGCAGACGAAGGCCGACCUCAAGACGCGUUUCGAGAUGACCGACAGUGGCAAGUGUACUUUUGUACUGGGCAUCGAACUGGUGUACGAAUCGGAUGGCAGCGUGACGAUGUGCCAGCGACGGUAUGUCAACGACAUCCUCAAGCGCUUCGGCAUGGAUGAGUGCAAGGCCACAGCAAGUCCGGUCGACUUGAGCACUCGGCUUGUCGCAAGCAGCGAAGCGGCCAAGAUCGACGUUCCGUUUCGUGAAGCUGUGGGAGCUUUGAUGCACUUGAUGACUGCGACGCGCCCGGACAUUGCGUAUGCUGUGGUUUACGUCUCGCGCUUCAUAGAGAAUCCGCAGCAAGAACAUUGGACGGCGGUGAAGCGCAUCUUUCGUUACUUGCAAGGGACCAAGUCGCACGGACUCCGCUUCCAGCCAAGCGACAAGAUCGACUUUCGUAGCUACUCGGACGCGGACUGGGCCGGCGACCACGCUGAUCGCAAGUCGACUUCGGGUUACACUUUCAUGCUGAUGGGUGCUCCUGUGAGUUGGGGAAGCAAGAAGCAGUCAAGUGUGUCGCUGUCGACGAGUGAAGCGGAAUACAUCGCACUGAGUCUGGCCAUCCAGGAAGGCAAGUGGGUGCAUCGCCUGCUAAGCGAGAUUUUGGCGGCCGCAAACGAACCAGGACCGGACCUCGUCAUCCGUGAAGACAACCAGUCGUGCAUCAAGAUGACGAAGAAUCCGGUGAAUCAUGGCCGCGCCAAGCACAUCGACAUCAAGUACCAUCACAUCCGUGAUGAGGUCAAGCGCGGUGAAGUGCAGCUCGAGUAUUGCGAGACUUCCGUGAUGAUGGCGGACAUCAUGACCAAGGGACUUUCGGGACCUCGUCACAAGGACUUGACGACGGCUCUCGGCAUUCGUGCGAGUUCGGAUUGA